GUCCUUCUCGCAGUCCUCUCGGGGACCUGCACCCUCGCUCCGCAGGGAGGUAGGGAGGGAGCACACGCACCCGGGCGCUUACGAGGGGGCGGGGACUGUGUACACACGAGUCACACCUGACCCGAGAAGCAUCUCCAGGGACACCAGCGGCAGAGCCCCGCGCACGCCCUUGAGCACCUGAGCUCCAGGGCGUUCCCUCGGACUCGGGGAGAAAAAAACACACCCCGAGUCACACGUGGACACCUAAGUAUCCACGCGGGGACCUCUGCAGAGCUGCUCAGCUGAACCCUUGGGCACAUGGGCACCCGACCACCGGGAAGAGCCUGCUAUGCUCCGGUCUCCUCUUGACACCGAUCCAGGACACCUGCCAUUCGGGCUUGCUCCUCCUUCCUGCCCAGAUGAGCGGGAAACUGACACUGCUCUGUGUGACCUGAGCGGCCCCUGGGUAACCCCUGGAGAGGUUUUGCCUCUCAGUCGCUUGCUGCAUGUUUAAACUUCCUCAUGGGCGCCUGGGGAGGAGUUCCAGGGUGGGUGAGAGGUGACAAGGAAUUGAUGUCUGGGGUGGAGGCUGUCAUCCUGUAGGCAGUAUCCCCCCUCCUCCCCCACCCCCACCCCUGCUAAUACAAAUAUUCAAGAACUAGGGUAAUUCUGAAGUCUAGUUUUAGGGAUUUUUUUUUUUUCCAUAACAAAUUCAAACAAUAUAGAAUUACAUCGACAGGUCUACCUUCCUUCUUCCCUUCCCAUCCCUUCUCCCAGUGAUCAAUUACCAACUACCUGUUGAUGUGUGUGUGGUUACAGACUUCUUUCUAUGCUUUGUACAACUCUACAGAGCAUAUAUAGGUAUUACUGUUUUUUGUUUUUGUUUUUGUUUUUUGUUUCUACAAAAAAGGAAAAAAGUACAUCUCCUGGAAAGGAUGCUUUUUAGCUGAGCUCUGGUGGAUGAGAGGAGCUAGCCUUGAAAAACUUGAUACUGAUGGACAUUGUGUGGGCCAGAGGCAGGGAUGGUUGGCUAUGACCCCAAACCAGAUGGCAGGAAUAACACCAAGUUCCAGGUGGCAGUGGCUGGGUCUGUGUCUGGACUUGUCACUCGGGCGCUGAUCAGUCCCUUCGACGUCAUCAAGAUCCGUUUCCAGCUUCAGCAUGAGCGCCUGUCUCGAAGUGACCCCAACGCAAAGUACCAUGGCAUCCUCCAGGCCUCUAGGCAGAUUCUGCAGGAGGAGGGGCUGACAGCUUUCUGGAAAGGACACAUCCCCGCUCAGAUUCUCUCCAUAGGCUAUGGAGCUGUCCAAUUCUUGUCGUUUGAAAUGCUGACGGAGCUGGUCCACAGAGGCAGCGUGUACGACGCCCGGGAAUUCUCAGUGCACUUUGUGUGUGGUGGUCUGGCUGCCUGUAUGGCCACCCUCACUGUGCACCCUGUGGAUGUUCUGCGCACCCGCUUUGCAGCUCAGGGUGAGCCCAAGGUCUAUAAUACGCUGCGCCACGCCGUGGGGACCAUGUAUAGGAGCGAGGGCCCCCAGGUUUUCUACAAAGGCUUGGCCCCCACCUUGAUCGCCAUCUUCCCCUACGCCGGGCUGCAGUUCUCCUGCUACAGCUCCUUGAAGCACCUGUACAAGUGGGCCAUGCCAGCCGAAGGAAAGAAAAAUGAGAACCUCCAAAACCUGCUUUGUGGCAGUGGAGCUGGUGUCAUCAGCAAGACCCUGACAUAUCCGCUGGACCUCUUCAAGAAGCGGCUACAGGUUGGAGGGUUCGAGCACGCCAGAGCUGCCUUUGGCCAGGUGCACAGAUACAAGGGCCUCAGGGACUGUGCCAAGCAGGUGCUGCAAAAGGAAGGUGCCCUGGGCUUCUUCAAGGGCCUGUCCCCCAGCUUGCUGAAGGCUGCUCUCUCCACAGGCUUCAUGUUCUUCUGGUAUGAAUUCUUCUGUAAUGUCUUCCACUGCAUGAACAGGACAGCCAGCCAGCGCUGAGCGCAGGAAGGACCCCAGGUCUUUCCUGGAGGCAACCUCCUGAAGGAAGGAAGAUUCAGUCUCCACUGAGAGGUGCUCUCUGGCCCUUCCCUGCUGGCCAGCUGCCCCCAGCAAGGUGGCAGCCUUGAACCCACCCAGCUGGGACACCACCAGAAGGUCCAGGGCUCUCCCCAUGAGAGAAUCAGAGGGAAUGCAGGACGUGGUCUACGGUGAACCAACGACACAGCGAGAAGGAGCGGGAAGUUGCUGUUUCUCCUCUGACCCCAGCCCACACUCCAAAGGAAAGAGAUGCCGUCCUAUACCUGUCAGCCCUGUCUGCCCGGAGAACAGAACGCUCCUGGUCUGGAUGGGGCUGCUGCUUGAGUGCAGAGGGCUGCAGUAGGCCCUUAGCAGGAGUCAGGUCCCCACACUCGGCCUGUUUUUCCCAACCUAUUUAAUAGACAUUAAAGCUAAACGCACAUUCCUUAUCUUA